CCAUCGUCUCUUUUUAAUCUACUUUGCCUACGCAAGUGAAGCAUAGUUGGACACGCCUCUUUCAGCCCCUGCUUCUUUCUUCUUUUAAUAAAAUUUGUAGCCGCCCACUUCCGACUCCCCACGCUUGCAACUAGGCAAAACAUGGUCGUGGGCGUUCUGGCUUUACAGGGAUCUUUCAACGAACACAUCUCGGCCCUGAGAAGACUGGGAGUGAAGGGAGUAGAGAUAAGGAAACCAGAACAGCUGCAGGAUGUCACCUCUCUCAUCAUUCCCGGCGGCGAGAGUACCACCAUGGCCAAGUUAGCCGAGUACCACAACCUGUUUCCUGCUUUGCGCGAGUUUGUUCAAAUGGGAAAGCCAGUUUGGGGGACGUGUGCUGGCCUAAUCUUUUUGGCAAACAAAGCCACUGGGCAAAAAACUGGUGGGCAGGAACUUGUUGGAGGUCUUGAUUGUACAGUCCACAGGAACUUCUUUGGCAGUCAGAUUCAAAGCUUUGAGGCUGAGCUUUCAAUUCCGGAAAUUGCAGCCAAAGAAGGUGGUCCCCCAAUUUUUCGAGGUGUUUUUAUUCGUGCUCCUGGAAUUCUUGAUGUGGGACCUGGAGUAGAAGUUCUGGCUGAUAUUCCUGUCCCGUUUGACAAAGCUUCUAGUUCGGACCUUGGCAUUCAGAGCCCAGAGGAGAAUACACAUUCAGAAAAGAAAGUGAUUGUUGCGGUGAGGCAGGGGAACUUGUUAGCAACUGCUUUUCACCCUGAACUGACUGCUGAUGGUAGAUGGCAUGCAUACUUCUUGAAGAUGGCGGGUGAGAUUGGAGAAGGGGCACUGUGCUGCCGCUCCACAUAUGUGGAGGAUCCAAGCUUCUCUGAGCGAGAUAAAAGUGAUCUUCCAAUCUUUCAAUAGCAAAAGAAGUAAAAAGUGGUAGGACUUUUUCUAAAAGAGAGGAAAAGUCAAAUAGUUUCUUUGUGACUCUUUGUUCUCUUCUUAAUCUGUGUUUUCAUUUGUGGUUGUCUUGAACUUUCUAAGUUAAUUCAGAUAGACUUUUCAAUAGAACUUCCAAAGUUAAUUCAGAUAGAACUUCCAAAGAGGGCCCUUAGUCCAUACAAACUCUUCGCCUUGACAAAGAGAACUGAUUUCUUAUGGCUGCACACAAGAUCAUGUACAUAAUUACUUGAAUUUGUUUGUUAAGCAAACUUGCAAGUUUUGCUUAUGCAAUUAGAAUUUCAAUUGUUAUGGUGCAUGGUA